UCAGACAGAUUAUGGGGUACCACAUUGUAGUUUGCCUGGAGGCAAAAAUAUUUGUGACAUCUUUUCAAAAGGAAUGAGAGGAAAAAGAACUGAAGCAAGAGUGAGCGGCUGGAAAGCGGUAAUACGACAUACGCAUGCGCACUGAACUUCAUUCCCUUUAACCGUUCCAAAUUUUUCACUGUUUAAUGAAUUCCUCUUAAUCAAGCACCACGCACUUUUAUUUGACCAUUUCUCGUCCACCACAAACACUGUUAUAAUACAUUUCCCAACAAUUCUACACACUUAGAAUAAAGUUCACAACUACCACACACAGAGUUAUAACAACAUUUCUAAUAACAGAUGACAUUGGCAUAACAGAAAAUGCACCUUCAAACCAUUCUAUCUUUUAAAUGCUAUAUGGAAGAGACAGCUAGCAUUAUUUCUAUAAAUUCAUUGUAAAAUUCCAAUGACAUUUUGCUCUGAACUGAGAUUAUUAGCAAAAUUUCUGUGUCAUAAUCUGGAGUGUAUACAAAGUGAGUUUGUGUGCUAAUAAAACUUGGAUAAAUUUUCAGAAGUUUUUAGAUAAAAGGAAAAUUGGACAGAAAUACAGCAGCUGAAAAAAUAGCAACGAUUAAAGAAUAGGAACAAAAAAUAUAUAGAAAUAUAGACAUAUUAUUAUUUCAGAAAUAAAUAUUGCAAAAACUAGAUGAAUUUUUCUGUUGGAGACAUGCCUAAAGACAGAGGAAAGCCAUCAUGUGAAUUUAAUAUCUGUGAAAAGUCAUUCUCUGAAAAUGGUAACCUAACAAAACGUAAGUGCAAUAAUACAAGGAAGAAGCAAUUUUGCUGCAAUAUCUGUGGGAAAUCAUUCUCUUUACGUAGUAGUUUAACAUUUCACCAACGAGUUCAUACGGAAGAGAAGCCAUAUGGAUGUGAUAUCUGUGGCAAAUCCUUCUCUCAGAAUGAUAACGUAACUAGACACAAACGUACCCAUACAGGAGAGAAGCCAUAUCACUGUGGUAUUUGUGGUAAAUCAUUCUCUCGAAGUGAUGCUUUCAUAUCUCACAAGCGUGUUCAUACAGGAGAGAAACCAUAUUGCUGUAAUAUCUGUGGUAAAUCAUUCACUCAAGGUUCUGACUUAACUAAACACAAACGAAUUCAUACAGGAGAGAAGCCAUAUCACUGUGAUGUCUGUGGUAAAUCAUUUUCUUUGUCAUCAAGCGUAACUAAACACAAACGUAUUCAUACAGGAGAGAAACCAUAUAAGUGUGGCAUUUGUGGUAAAUCUUUCACCCGAAAUACUUCAUUAACUUCUCACAAACGGAUUCAUACGGGAGAGAAGCCAUAUAAGUGUGAUAUUUGUAGUAAAUCAUUUUCUCGACUUGACUACUUCACUGCACACAAGCGUGUACAUACAGGAGAAAAGCCAUAUCAGUGUAAUAUCUGUGGUGAAACAUUCAGUGUAAGUUGUAGCUUACAAUCACACAAACGUAUUCAUACAGGAGAGAAGCCUUAUCACUGUGAUAUCUGUGGUAAAUCAUUCCAUCACAAUAAUGCUUUAAAAGUACAUAAAUCUAUUCAUACAGGAGAGAAGCCAUAUAACUGUGAUAUCUGUGGUAAAUCAUUCUCUCAAAAGAAUAAUUUAAAUAAACAUAAGCGUAUUCACACAGGAGAGAGGCCAUACAGUUGUGAUUUCUGUGGUAAAUCAUUUCCUCAAAAUAUUCAAUUAACAUCUCACCAACGUAUUCAUACAGGAGAGAAGCCAUAUCAGUGUAAUAUCUGUGGUAAAUCAUUCUCUUCAUUCUCUCAAAGUAGUAAUUUGAAGUCACACAGGCGUAGUCACACAGGGGAGAAGCCAUAUCAGUGUAAUAUCUGCAGUAAAUCAUUCGCUGUAAGUUCUGGCUUAACAAUACACAAGCGUAUUCAUACAGGAGAGAAACCAUAUCAGUGUGAUAUUUGUAAGAAGUCAUUCUCUGACAGUAGUAGUUUAAUAGUACAUAAGCGUAGUCACACUGGUGAGAAGCCAUAUCAGUGUGAUAUCUGUGGUAAAUCAUUCUCUUUAAGUAGUCACUUAACAAUACAUAAGCGUGCUCAUACAGGAGAGAAACCAUAUCAGUGUGAUAUCUGUGGUAAAUCAUUCUCUUUAAGUAGUCGCCUAACAAGACAUAAACGUACUCAUACAGGGGAGAAGCCUUAUAAAUGUGAUAUUUGUAGCAGAUCAUUUUCUCAACUUAGUAAUUUAAGAGUACACAAAUGUCCUCAUACAGGAUAGAAGCCACAUCACUGAUAUUUGUGGUAAAUCAUUCUCUCAAGGUCAUGGCUUAUCUAGACACAUAUGUAUCCAGUUGAAAGUGUAACUGUAUCAAUGUGGAACUUCUUUAUUUCAUAUAAUUUGCCAAAAGGGCAUCACACAGAUGGAAGCUUCGCGGGCUGGACACGGACAUUGAUGGUAUGAAUGAUGAUGGGAGAAGAGGAAAAGCGCCCGCUGACUUUUGCUUCUCUAAAACAAUGUUCUUUUUUCCCUUUUCCCCAAAGACACAAUGAGGCAAUAAACCUCUUACUUAACACAAUGUUCAGAAUUCUUUUUUCUUUGUUUAAAACACACAAAAAGUCACAUUUUCUAGACUCGUUCAGGUUAUCCGGCCGACCAGUAUCCUUGCUUCUUUGAAGCAUGCACCCGGUUCCAGGCCGGACCACACAGGUAUAUAUUUAUAGGAGCAAUGUGGAAUUUCUUAACAACCAAAAAACAUUUAAGUACCCACCUGAAAUGAGGUGGGCUUAGCUUUGUGAACUUUACCCAUGACAACAACCAAGCCACCCAUCAUUGGCUCUCUUUCUGAGGUUGUCUUUUACAGCUGUUUGAACUUUUAAUGAUGCCAACCUUUUUUUAUUUUCUGCUUACCACAUGAAGGAAUAUGGUUUAGUGUCAAAUUUCUUUCUUUCUAUGAAAAUUUAAAAACAAACACCGUCUUCUAUAAUUAAAUGUAUGUACAUUGGAAAAGAAAUAUAACAGUGUGUGAUAAGAGCCUUCCCACACUCUAUGUUUUAUAUUAACUCAACUAAACACUGUUGAGAUAACUUACCUCUGUAAUAGUUUUAAUAAAAGCAAUUUCCUCCAGA